AGAGCACCAGCAAAGAUGGCAUCGUCUUCUUCCUACUCCGAAGAUCUGACCUGUCCUAUCUGCCUGAAUAUCUUCAGUGAUCCGGUUUUCCUCCUCUGUGGACACUCUUUCUGCAGAGAAUGUAUCACUGUGUCUCUGAGCUCACGGCGGCAAUGUCCACAGUGCAGGACAACUUUUGAUGAGACUCAUUUCACAACCAGUCACAUUCUGAAAAGUCUCGCUGAGAAAGCCAAAGAACCUGAGAAGUUAAAGACGGACGGUGGAACUGACAAAGAGGUUCCUGCCUGGUUUUGUCCUGAGCAUGAAGAAAAGCUGAAGUUGUUCUGCGUCACAGAUCAGCAGCUGGCUUGUAUCAUAUGUAGAGACAGUGAGAAACACGAAGGACACAAGUUCAUACCCGUUAAAGAAGCUGCUGCGUCACUGAGGAAGGAGGUGGAGAUGCUCAAGCAACGAGGUUCUGCUGAAAACCUUCCUGUAAAAAUACUGGCUCGGACACAGAAGGGGGAGAUACGAAAAACCAGACAGAAGUCUUGGGAGCUGAUGAAGCAAAUCAGCAGCCAGUUUGAGGAGAUGCACCAGUUCCUGAAGAGGAAGGAGGAGGAGAUCCAGAAAGAACUGAAACAGAAGGAGAACAAUGAGGUUCAGAAGAUGACUCAAAGUUUAAAUGUCAUGGAAACUGUUUUGAAGGAAGGCAGAGAGUGGGAUGAAAAGGUGAGAUCAGUUCUGAAGAUCACGGAGCCAGAGAAGUUCUUACACAGCUGGACUCAUGGAGGCCGUAGUUCUGCCAAGGAUAGAUCUAAACCAGGAGGAAAACCUCCCCAAGUGGUGAGAUCUUCUCUCUCUAUGGGUCAUUAUGAGAGUCACCUGCAGGUUUUCAUGUGGAAGGAGAUGCUGCAGGUGAUCGAGCCUCGAGCAGAGCAGAUGAAGCUCAGAAGCCAAGGUGAAGCUCUGACUGUAACGAGUGAUGGCCGGAGUGUCGUCUCCGCCUGCCAGAAAUGCCUGGUUGAAGAGAAAAUUUUCAACAUACUCAACGUACUACAACGUACCUACACAUCUGUAUUGAGUACCAAUAAGUUCACCUCUGGGGAGCAUUACUGGGAGAUUGAUGUUGGGCGGAAGGGUUACUGGGAACUGGGGCUACGAAACUAUUUCCUGAAAUAUGACGGCCGCACCUACAGUGUCUCUGAUCAGGGUCAGUGUGGGCAGAAACGACUUGAAGGCAGUCCUAUAAAGAUCGGCGUGUACCUGAACUGCUCUUCCAAAGAGCUGUCCUUCUACAAUGCAGACAACAUGAAACAUAUUCACUCUUUAACCGUCCGUCGCUUCGUGUCAGAAUCUGCAUAUCUGAACAUUGGAAAUUAUGAUGAUAACGUCCCGGUGUCAGUGUGCUGGUACUCAACAACGGUCGACGGUUCUAAGAAAUUACGCUUAAACAUAGACUGCUGCUCCAGUCUUGACAUUUACCCACCGCAACCGCAACUUGGGCGGGACAUUCCCGCCCAAAACAGAUGAAUUAUUGGCCGCCCCCUCCGGUCCGGUGCCGUUACAUCCACUCCCGCCCGCUCCCGCAACUCUCGCCAUUUGCGCAGCUAUCAUGAUUUGGGUUAAAGCAACAAGAGUAGGUUGUGAGCAGCUCAAAUAACACUAAUAAAUAAAAUAAAAUAAACAAUGUUAAUGAAUGAAACAAACUACUUUAAUUGAACAAAUGAAUUGCUUGGUGAUAUAUCUGUGGAGCAAGAGAAGCUGCUGACCGACUGCUGGUUCCAAUCCCUCGUCUCUCUUCCAAGAUGCUCCACAGAUACUAAACUAGUUUCUACAAAUAUCAGACUGGCCUUGUCUUUGUUUUGUAAAGACCUUGUUUGAGGUUCUUUUCCACCUCAUUGAUUUCCACCUUGUUGCUAAACAACACCACACUUCCAGGGACAGAUAAUGGCAGUAUUCUAGCUUUGAUUCACUUUUAGGGACCUGGGGCCUCAUUUAAAAUGGAGUGCGUAGGAUUCAAACUAAAAGUGCACGUACGCCCAAAAGCCGAAAAUGGCGGGCGCAAAAAAAAAUCCAGAUCAAUAAAACCAUGUGCACGCAGAUUUGCAUGCAACGUUCCUUUAUGAAUCACAGACCUGCGCAGCUGAAUCCGCCUCUAAUCCCGCCCUCUACACGCCCAUAAAUGCAUAUGGAUGAGCCUACUGAGCAUGCGCAGUGGCUUCCUGCAGCCUGUUUGGCGUCAGAAUGAAUUAGAAGUAGCAGCCACCGUGACACUGACUUUCACGGAGACAGAGAUGUUGUAGAUGAUGUGGAGGACAGGAAAACCACAUUAUUUGGUGGUCACAGUAAAAGUUAGAAUAAGUAUAUAAAUAGUAUACAAUAAAAUAAAGCGAGUGAGUGGCAGCACGCCGUUGCUGCGCUAAACGCAGAGAGUUCCCCGGCGCAACAGGGGGACACACGUCCCCCCGUCUUUUCAAAAUCAUGUUUAUUUUCCCCUUACUUUUUACAGUUUAAAAACUAACGGUAGGCUCAGCCUUAAAUUGCAAAUUAUCAAGACACUGUAUGAAAGCGAUACGAGAACGGCCCCGCAGCCCCGCUUCACCCCCGCUCCCCCUCCUCCUCCUCUCCCGUCUCUCCUCAGAGCUGCUCAGGGCGGGUUUAUGGUUCUGCGUCACCAACGCAGACCUACGGCGUAGGUGCGCGUCACCGCGUACCCUACGGCGUAGGCUCUGCGUCGUUUUAACGCGGGACCCUAAAACUCAUAUAUAUGAAAAAAAAAUCUGAGUCCCUUUAGGGGCUCCGUGGGGCUCCCUAAACGUCCUGACUGACUGAGCUUCACACAGAGGAACACGAUCAGCGCUAUUUUAUUUUAUUAUUUUAUUAUUUUAAGUCUGACAUAUGUUGUGAUAUGUGAUGACAUUAUUAAGAGUAUGACAUGAAUCUGGCUUCAUUUCACCACCUCACAGCCUGCCUCGCCAGUUCCCCGUGUCUUAAGUAAAUUCUUACGGGAGGGUCCUAGUUGCCGUAAAGAUACGCAGAUUUUUCGGUUAGUUUUUUCUUUUUAGAUCCGAGGAUUUGCGUAGAAGGCGGCUUCCGCAACUUUCAGGCGCUUUUUCUGCGCAAGCAAGCUUUAUAGAUGAGGCCCCUGGACUGGUUGCAAUCACAGCCCUCUCGUCUGCGUUUGAUCUGCGUCGACUCGACAUGUAGUUACAAUUUUCGGGAGGUGACGUCAGUUGGUCAACAACGGUCGACGGUUCUAAUGACUUAGACUUCUUAGAUUUACGCUCAGAAUUUAGUAGGCAGAUGGACACAGUCAAACGUGGUAAAGUGCCCCCCCCACCCCCCCCACCGCCCGUAUUUUAGGUGUUAGUCGCACCCACUCUCUCAUCACCAGAGCGAGGGUUUCCUCCACCCGUGUUCGCCUCAUCGGCCCGGGGCGGGGGGCUAAAACAUUUUACAAGUACAGUCAACUUAAUUGUGUUAAGUUUACUUUAUUUAUCAAAAUUAAGUAGACUUUACUUGCAAAAAUGAAGUUGACUUUACUUGCAAAUGAAUUUUGUACAUAGUAAAAAUUAAGUAGUUUAUACAAAGAAUAGUUUUUCUUGAUCUACAUAAAAAUCUCAUGAGAAAAAGUUGCCUUAAUUUUUUUAAAGUAGAUCAAGCCAGACAUUUUUUACUGUGUUUAUUUACAAAUAAAACAUGUUUCAACUAAACGCUGGUCAAUCUGCCCAAUAAAUUAAAAUUGUCAAAGGAAAAGUAAAUAGAAAAAGAUCAUUGCUUGUUGUUUGUGUGUAAAUGUAAAGAUUACUGGGAUUACAUAAAUACUUCUGGUUAAGGAAAAAAUUAAUAAUGUCUUGUUUUUUGAACAAAUGCAGAUUAAGUUCAAAACUAGAUGUUUUCAUGUAAAGCAACAAACAUCAUUUUUAAUUGUUAAUAUCACAGAUUUAAAUAUGUUAUAUUUACAUGAUUAGAUGUAUUUUUUUCAGUGUACUCACUCCACAGUUCCAGGGACAGAUAAUGUCAGUAUUCUAGCUUUGAUUCAGGUUUAGGGACCUGGACUGGUUGCUGUUUGUUUUCUCUCUUACAGAUUUAAAGGCUUGUGUGCCUGUUGUUCUCUGUGUUUCUCUCAAUUCAGAACUAGCAGCAGAUACACCCCCCACCCCUCCCCCGAACCCACCGAACCACCCACACAUAUGUUUAUAUUAAUUAUAAUUAAAAAAAAAAUAUAUAUAUAUAUUAGAAAAAAAAUAUGUUAUAUAUUAAAAUGCAUGUAUAUGCUUUAGGUUCUUACCAAACUUGGUAUUAACCAUUAAUAUAUAGGGGAAAAAAAUCGCUCUGGAUUUGUUUGCAGGUUUUUAUUAUUUUGAACAAAUUUGAAUUAUUUUCUUUGCUCAUUGUGAUUUUGUCAGGUCUUUUUUUUUACUAGUAAUGAUAGAUUCUGCAUUUAUUUUGGAUGAUUCAUGUGUUUUGAUUGUUUUUCUUUGGUUCUGUCGGUUUCUGUGGUACAACGUGUAAAUGUGACCGUCGUGUUUUUUCUUAAUGAAUGAAUGAAUCAUUAACAAAUAUGAACAUUUUGUAAAACUGAUCUCCUGAUAUUGUUUUAGUGUGUUUUAGUUUAUUGAGAUGACUUACAUCACUAAGAUUCAUAGAAGUUAAUCAUGUUAACGGUGUUGGAUCAACUAAAACUGUCUGCAUCUGUGUACAUCAACUUAAACUUUUUAUUUCAUUGAUCAUUUAUCUAUAUUAGCUUCUAUUAAUAAAAGUGGAAC